GCCUCUUGGGGAAGGAAAUGGCUGCGACGCAAGAGACGACAAUCACUCAGGAGUCGCUAAAGCAGGGGAAUCAGAUCAAAACAGAGGAACAGGAGUCAGUUGACUCUGAACCAGAGGAAGAAAUGGAAGAAGCUGAUGGUCUCACAACAGGGAGGACUGGUGAAGUUCUGCUGGAGGAAUCUCCACAGCUCGUGAAGCAAGAGCCAGAAGAAGAGCCAUCCCGAAACUGGGAUGCCCAGUUGCAGGAAUUCCUGAAGACACUUCAGGCUCCUCCUUCUAUAGGGGAUGGCCUACAAUUGCCUGAACCAAGGCAAUGGAAUGACUGUGGAACAUCUCCAGUGCCUUCCAAGGGCGUGGCAGAGGCCACCAAGUGGCCUGGUGGAUUGUGGGCUUCCCAACCCCAGCUGAUUCCCCUUGGAGAAGUAAAGCAAAACCACGAGGCUGAGUGCUGUGGGAAGGAGAAAGUCCAAACUGGAGAUACUGUUGGGGCGGAGAUGUGGCGCCAGCGCUUCAGGAAGCUCUGCUAUCGAGAAGCUGAGGGCCCUCGAGAGACUUGCAGGCAGCUGCAGGAGCUUUGCUGUCAGUGGCUGAGGCCUGAGAGAUGCACCAAGGAGCAGAUCCUGGAUCUCCUGAUCCUAGAGCAGUUCUUGGCUGUCCUGCCGCCAGAGAUGCAGUGCUGGCUCAGGGAGAGUGAUCCGGAGAACUGCACCCAAGCGGUGACCCUGGCGGAGGAUUUCCUUCAGGCGCAGCAAGGUGGCAAGGGAUGGGAACGGCAGAUUAAGGGCUCUUCAGAAGACAUGUUUGUAAAUCUACCCAAGACAAGCAAGGAAUUGCUAGGAGCAGCAAAGAGACAGUGUUUCAUGGAAGCCAAGCAGUGCGUUGAUGGAAGUGCAAAUGUUUCAGCAGGCAAUGGGUGGAUGAGCGAACCUGAGGAGGAGCUGAAGCCUUUCUUGGAAAACCCUGAGGAAGAGGAACCACCAAAGAUGCUGUUGGAAACAUCCAGAGAGAAUGAUUUCUCACGUGGUAGAAAAGGGGAUGAGAAUCCAUGCAGGGCAGAGAGUCAGAACGGAAAUAACAGAGAGACGGAAGCCGCUGGGCCUGUUUUUCCUGAAGGCACUGAUAAAAGUCUCACUGAAGCCAUAGCCCUGCCGCAGGUGAGCAGCAUGAAAUGUGAGGCGCACAAGGAAAGCUUUGGUCAAAAUCCGCUCCUUUUGACUUCUGAGAGGAGCCAGGCAGGAGAGAAAACUUAUACGUGCUGGCAUUGUGGCCAAAGCUUUGGUAGCAGCUCAGAUCUCGUGUCCCAUGAGAGAACCCACGUGGGGGAGAAACUGUAUAAAUGUGCCCACUGUGGAGAAAGUGAGAGAACCCACACAGGGCAGAAGCCCCAUAAAUGCUCACACUGUGGGAAUACCUUUGGGUGGAACUCGCAAGAGGGAAUCCAUGCUGGCGAGAAGCCUUAUACCUGCUCUGAGUGUGGGAAAAGCUGCAGUCAGAGAUCAGAUCUCCUUAAACACCAGAGGACUCACACUGGGGAGAAACCUUACAAGUGCACUGUGUGUGGGAAAAACUUCACAAACAUCUCAGGUCUCAAAGUCCACCAGAGGAUCCACACGGGCGAGAAACCGUACAAAUGCUCGCACUGCGGGAAAUGUUUCAGUUGGAGCUCACACUUCAUGUCGCAUGAGAGAAUCCACACGGCGUUGUGCUCGUACUGUGGGAAAAGCUUCAGCCAAAAUUCGGACCUCGUUGAGCAUGAGCGAACCCACACAGUGAAGGAGUCAUUUGCGUGCUUUGCCUGUGGGAAAGCUUUUGAUGUCAGUGCAGAACUGGUUGCGCAUGUCCGGACCCACAAAGAGAAGCCUUUUGAGUGCUCGGUCUGUGGGAAGACCUUCCGGAACAGCUUGCAACGAAUUGCCCACCAGAAAGUCCAUACAGGAGAGAAGCAACAUAAAUGCUCCCACUGUGGGAAAAGUUUUAGCCAGAAGCAGAGCUUGAUUAUUCAUGAAAGGAUCCAUACAGGAGAAAAACCAUAUAAAUGCUUAGUCUGUGGGAAAAACUUCAGAAACCUGCCAAAUCUUAAAUCGCACGAAAGGACCCAUACAGGAGAGAAACCAUACAAAUGCUCCUACUGUGACAAAAGUUUUCGCUGGAGCUCUCAUCUGGUGCUGCAUGAGAGAAUUCACACAGGAGAGAAGCCCUAUAGAUGCUCAGACUGUGGGAGAGCCUUUGACCGGAGGUCAAACCUUCUUGUGCAUGUGAGAAUCCACACCGGGCAGAAACCUUACAACUGUUCCGACUGUGGGAAAAGCUUCACCUCCAAUUCUGUUCUUCUUCGACAUCAGAAAAUCCACACAGGAGAGGAACCUUGUACGUGCUCUCAAUGCGGGAGAAUCUUCUGGCAGCGGUCAGACCAGACUGACCAAGCUGGAGAGAAGGGCUCGAAAUGUUCGGAGUGCUUGAGAAGCCGCUACCUGAGUUCUGACCUGGUGGUACGGGCGAGAAACUGUGUGGGGGAAAAGCUGUUUGAAUGCUCGAUCUGUGGGAAGAGUUUUCGGAAUAGCUCCCACCUCCUCAACCACCAGAGCGUCCAUACAGGUGUUCAGCCAUAUCAAUGCUCAGACUGUGGGCGGAACUUUGUGAGAAGGCCCAAUCUGUUAGCUCCUGUGAGCAACCCUGCAGGGCAGAAACCGUACAAGUGCUUGGAUUGUGAGAAGAGCUAGAUUCGGUGCUUGGUCAAUCUCAGGAAAAACUGGAACCGUUCUUGUCAAUGUUAAUACCUUGGCACCGGCUGUCAGUGGGGGUAGUGGCUAGCUACGAUGCUCUUGGGUGACCUCGGGCCAGUCUCUCUUGAACAUUAUUAUGAGAAUAAAAUGAAGGAGUGGGGGACUGCAUAUACCAAACUAAGCUCUUUGGGUUAAGCUAGCUACUUUUCCUUUCAGCGUCUCCUUGCCUUUUGAAAUCCCUGUUUAACCUCCUUGGGGCAGGAAUCCAUGUUUCGUUUACGAUUCUCUCUAAAGCGAUGACUCUAAAAACGAUAAUCACAUGUGAGAGAGAGAAAA